AUGACUGACGAGCUCGUGUCUGCUCUCGUGGAGCUGUCCAAGGCAGCAAGUGAUGCGUCGAAAGCCACGUUCCUGUUCUUCAACGCGUUGGAAAACAACAACACUGACAGGUCGUUGUUCGAGGACCUGAUGGUUCCCAUCGUGGGGCAUGACUCGGUUCCAAUGCUUGCGAACAUGGGAAAUCACGACAAAAAGGAGGAAAAGAAGAGGAAGAGGGCCCCAAAGGACCCUAAUGCUCCAAAGAAGCCCCUAACCUCGUUCUUUCUGUAUUCAAAUGCCAUGAGAGACAUUAUAGUCAAGGAGAGAAUGCUCUCGGGCGAGAGCAGCCUAUCACAGCCCGAGAUCGCUCAGGAGACUUCCAGGAGGUGGAAGGAGCUUAGUGAAAGCGAGAAAGCCAAAUGGAAGGAGCUGUAUGAAGAGCAAAAAGCCAUGUAUGAGGAGGAAAAUAAGAAAUACCUUCUGGCAAAGGAAACCGGUGCCGCAUACACUGCUCCCAAAAAACCAGAGACCGCUCCAACUCCAUCGAGCCUGAAAAAGAGCGACCACGAGAAGAAGAAGGAGAAGAAGAAGAAGAAGAAGGAAAAGCAGCAGCAACAGCAACUCCUCAUGAGCGAAUAG